AGACAGGUCCAUCUGCCACUAUCUCAACAACAACAGGAGGCUCCAUAGUGUCAAAAUACACAGCAGAUGCAUAUACAUAUGGCCAAGUUAUAAAGAGAGAGAAAUUUUCAAUUGUAAAGAUAGGAGCGAAUGGGGACGGGUUCUUCAAAGAACGGAGACGGAAACUCGCAUGGAGGAGAAGAGCGAGAGGAGAAUAUGGACCAGGAUGGAGGUCAGCUUUAUGUUUCUCUUAAAAUGGAGAAUUACAAGCAAAAAAGAGACCUUUUCCCUCAUGUAUAUGGCUCUGUCCCUCUUGUUGGAUCCUGGGAUUCUUCUAAAGCUCUUUCAAUGGAACGUGAAUCGGCUUCAAUGUGGGAAUUGAGCUUUGUUGUGCCUCCUAAUCACGAAACGUUGGAUUUCAAGUUCCUGUUGAAGCCAAAAUAUAGCAACAUCCCAUGCGUAGUGGAGGACGGCCCAAACCGGCUUCUUACGGGGGGGACAUUGCAGGGGGAAUCUAGACUGGCUGUCUUUAAGAUUGCUGAUGAGGUUCUUGAAUAUAGAGUGUUCAUUAAGGCGGACAGAGUUUCACCCUUUGAUCUUGCGGCUAGUUGGAGAGCUUAUCAGGAGAAUCUCCAGCCUUCAACUGUCCGUGGGAUUCCUGAUGUCAGUAUCAAUUCUGCCCCAGAAUCUGGAGCUGAGAAUUCAGCUAGUUUGGAGCUAGAUCUUGAACAUUAUGUCGUUCCAGCCCCAUCAACGUCAGCAAACUCAGGCCUGGUAUAUGCAGCUAACAAUGCUGAGAAUCCAAGGUUCCAUACUGCUGAUGGAUCGGGGAAUGCUUCAUAUUCCUGUAAGGAUGGUGGCUUAUCUGUUGAUCGACCUGCACCUAUUAAGGAGAUGGAGGUCAGUAUCCCAGAUCCAUCGAAGGUUUACUCGGGUUCUGGGAUGGUUGAGUCAAAAUCAGUAGGGACAUUCUCACCUUUGCAAAAGCAAGAUGGUCACCGGGGACUCUAUGUGGAUAGGGGGGUUGGAUCUCCUAGGCUUGUAAAAUCAUCUAGUUCAAAUACUUUCGCUUUUGAUCUCAAAUUGGUCACAGAAACCAAGCAUUCAAUGCCAGCAGCUGCUGGAGCUGUUGCAGCAGCAGCUGUAGCUGAUCAGAUGCUUGGACCAAAGGAGGAUAGACAUUUGGCAAUUGUUCUGGUUGGUUUACCUGCACGAGGCAAGACUUUUACUGCUGUUAAACUUACCAGAUAUCUUCGUUGGUUGGGUCAUGAUACCAAACACUUCAAUGUUGGAAAGUAUCGACGCCUCAAGCAUGGAGCUAAUCAGUCUGCUGAUUUUUUUAGAGGUGACAAUCCUGAAGGCAUGGAGGCACGUAAUGAGGUAGCAGCAUUGGCCAUGGAUGAUAUGAUCGCCUGGAUGCAAGAAGGUGGCCAGGUAGGCAUAUUUGAUGCAACAAACAGUACCAGGGAAAGGAGGAAUAUGCUUAUGAAAAUGGCUGAAGGAAACUGCAAGAUCAUAUUUUUGGAAACAAUAUGCAAUGAUGAACGCAUUAUUGAAAGAAAUAUACGCCUUAAAAUUCAACAAAGCCCCGACUAUGCAGAGGAGCCGGACUUUGAAGCUGGAUAUCAAGAUUUCAAAAAUCGACUAGUCAAUUAUGAGAAAGUUUAUGAGCCUGUGGAAGAAGGUUCUUAUAUCAAAAUGAUUGACAUGGUCAGUGGACAUGGUGGGCAAAUACAAGUGAAUAAUAUCAGUGGCUACCUUCCUGGAAGAAUUGUCUUUUUCUUGGUGAAUACACAUCUUACACCCCGCCCGAUAUUACUUACUAGGCAUGGAGAAAGCCGGGAUAAUGUUAGAGGGAGAAUUGGCGGUGACACUGUUUUGAGUGAUAAGGGAGAGAUCUAUGCAAAGAAACUUGCUAACUUCGUUGAAAAACGACUGAAAUCUGAGAAGACUGCCUCUAUUUGGACUAGCACGCUGCAGAGAACAAUUAUUACAGCAAGUCCAAUUGUUGGAUUUCCCAAGAUCCAAUGGCGUGCACUUGAUGAGAUAAAUGCUGGAGUAUGUGAUGGAAUGACAUAUGAGGAGAUAAAGAAGAAUAUGCCUGAGGAGUAUGAGGCACGGAAGAAAGACAAGCUGAGGUACCGGUAUCCACGUGGAGAAUCUUAUCUGGAUGUCAUCCAAAGGCUGGAGCCUGUAAUUAUUGAACUUGAAAGACAACGAGCUCCCGUUGUAGUGAUCUCUCAUCAGGCGGUUUUAAGAGCAUUAUAUGCUUACUUUGCUGAUAGGCCUCUGAAAGAAAUACCACAUAUUGAGGUGCCACUUCAUACUAUAAUAGAGAUACAAAUGGGAGUUACUGGUGUCCAAGAGAAAAGAUACAAACUCAUGGACUGAACAUAUUUGUUGAAAGUUCUCUGAUAACCCAAAAUUGGAAGGAAAUUUCCAUUUUUUUCAAAAAAAAAAUAAUUUCCAUUCAUUAACGAGAUGCAAUACUGAUGUAUCAAACUGUAUCUACAAGACAUGAAUUCAAUGUUUAAAUUCAUUUCCAUUA